AUGGAUCAAGAUGCUCAGGGUCAAGUCCAAGCGCCAGCCAGCACCCAAACUGACGACGACAGAGCCAGUAAGGCUUCUGGCGCGAGCGAGGGCAUGGCCAGGCUGCUAGAACUGAUAACGGACUUAAAGGGAGACAUGGGAGCUUGUCUUAAUAGGCUUGAGGCCCGCCGAGUCGAGGAUGAUCAAGGUUCAGUCGUGUCAGCAGGUAGCAGCACCUUCCGUACGUAUGCGGAAGCGCGCACCGGAUUCGGCCGGAACAUGACGAUGGCCUCGCUCGAAGGCGAAGUCAUGCCUGGAACAGCGCGGCAACACGCAGCAGGACCAGGGCAACAAAGGCUGGCUGGAGGGAGGGCCGGUGUAGGUCCAGUUUCGCAGGUGCCACGGGAGUCGGCUUUCAGACCGGUUCCUACACCAGCAUAUUUUGCUCCGCAAAGGCCACUGCAGAUCAGGGAUAUAAACCGAGCGAUCGAAAACUUCGAUGGCAAGGAGGUUUAUCCAGGACUAGGGUCGGGAUUUGCACCUUGUGGGAAGAGAUUACUACGCCAAGUUCGUAUCGCCGAAGAACUUAGUGGGUGCAUCUGGACCGUGGACAUCAAAAUGGAUGUACUUGGUCGGUAUUUGACUGGCAAGGCUGGUCAACAUUUUCACAGUCAAGUGGAUACAUGGUACACUAAGAAUCCACAGAUAUGGUACUCGAUGGACCGGAUGAACAUCAAAUUUGGACCUAGGAUCUCAAGGUCACAGUCGUUUAAGCUGUUCACGUGUAAAAAGAAGGAGUCGAUAUCGUGGAAUGACCAUGUGCUAUAUCUAAUAUUGGUCAGCGACGCAGUCGGAUGCGCACAAGACCAAGUGCUUGAAAAUAUAGCCAAGUACGCAUGCUCCGCGACCGACUUCAAGGUGUGCUCCUCGCAAGAUACAAUCCUCAUCGUGAGGAUUACUUACGGAAAGCUAAAGAACUGGUGA